GAAAGCCCUAGCAGGCAAGUUUUAAUUUGUUACUAGUGCAACGUUAACGUAACGCACCCAUUUUUGAGAUUUGAGAUGAGAACUAAGAAGUCUGCAAAAAUGUCUACAAACAAGAAAUCCGAAAUCUAUUAAAAAUAUUGAUUUUCAGUGAAGAAACGAGGAGCUAACGUCCUAAUUACUCUCUUUCAAUGAAGCAUUUACUUUGAAAGCCGGAAUUUAUUUAAGCAUUGAAUUUCCACCUCCGUCAUUCAAUGCCAGAUCUACCUCGUAAUCUUCUUUCGCGUCCUCGACUCCUUAGAAUCCGAUGACUAGUGCCCUAGAACUAGAAUAUCACACAUUCCUCUUUGAAGCCCCAUUAUAAUCAAUGCACUAACCCUAGAAUUGAUUUUAAUUGAUCAAAGUUGAAACAAGAGUCUAAUAUAAAACAAUAAUAAACGAAAUUCGUUUCUGGGUUUUGCUAUUUACACUUAAUUCUCAAAUGGGUCGUCGUUCAAUCGACUCUAAUGCAGGUAGUUGGAUUUCAAUCUUUAUCCUAUCAUUGGGCCUCUUAGCUGGUACUUUAGCCUAUAUAGUUAUCUCAACUAUAUUUAAACCUAGCAAUUCAAUCUCAGAAUUUGAUAAAUUAGCACUAGAUGAAAAUGAUGGAAUUAGUUUGACGAGAGAAAAUAUGGGAAAUUGUUGUCGAGGUAUCCCACAUUUGGAGCUUUGGGGAUCAGCAGUUAAAUGGGGUACAGACAAUAAGUUUAAUUCUGCAGAAGAGUGUUGUGAAUCUUGUAAGGCAAUGUGUAGUAGUACAUAUGGACCUUGUUUGUGUGAUAGUUGGGUUUUUUGUGGUGAUCGUCAAGCUUGUGGAUCGAAAUUUGGUGAGUGUUGGUUGAAGAAGCAGCAGGACACAUUGGCACCUCAGCGUCAAGAUGUGGGUAGCGAAGUAAUGUGGACAUCGGGGCUUGUAUUUGGCAAAGGAGAGGGAAUUAUCGGCUUGGAAACUGAACUUGGUACCCUUCGCGUAAAACUUCACCCAGAUUCUGCUCCAUAUUCAGUGCAGUAUAUUCUUGAGCUACUGACACUUCGCCACUGUAAUGGCUGCCGAUUUUACCGCGCAGAAGGCCGAGGCGAUUCAUGGGACAUGAAGGGAAACCACAUAAAUGAUGCUUCUUUCGGUCCCCCUUAUGCCCUGAUUCAAGGAACACUUGAAGCAGCAGGCACGCCUUUACAGCAGUUCCCUUCCGACGUAUGUCAAACGAUCAGGAGAGGUGCAGUUGCAUGGGUUGGGUCGGGUCCAGAGUUUUUCAUAAGCCUGGCAAAUCAUGUUGAAUGGAGUAAGGCUUAUAUAGUUUUUGGGUCUAUUAUUCCAGAAGAUAUGUUUAUCGCCGAAAAAAUUGCUCAGCUACCAACCAAGCCAGAUGUUUGGAACAAUGUUAAUGUUUCUGUCUUGAAAAAUCCAAUUCCUAUUUUUAUCCAAAGAAUCAAAACAUAUAAUGAUGAAGAUCUUACACAUAAAAUGUAGGUUUUAUUUAGAAAUUAUCUUUGAUUUAUACAUACAUUUUAUCCUCCCAUAAGUAGUUGUAUUGCAGUAGUUUCAGUUCUUGAUCUCCUUCCUCAAACAAUACACAAUUUUCUUUUAUAUUCCACU